GUCUGCGCACACUAAAAGUAAACAUGAUACACAGUUGAACUUGUCAAACCGCACCCACUUCUGCAAUCAAGCAGCUGCAGAAACUCGGUGCCAGUGGGAAACAUCUCUCAUCUCAACCACUGCUUUUACGCACGACACCUGACUGCACCUUUGGACUCUCAGAGGUGUGAAGACUGCAGCUGAAGACCACUCUGAUAUGAGAUACAAUGGCUGGUAAGCAGAACUGUUCACCAUCUGAAUACAACUCGCAAAUUAAACAAAACAGGCUUCGUCGUGUGUUUACAGCAACAAAUGCCAAUUCCCAACAAACCAAAGUUGCUCGAUGUCUUGCAUAACAAAGUUAGUUAGUUAGUGGGAUAGGGGCUGAUUUCUUAAAGGUAGGGUCUUUAAGUAUGCGAAUCACAACUUCUGUUAAAGAAAAGUCGACUAAAUCAGCAUUUUUAAGUUGCCACCACGCGUUAGUUUCACUUUUGUGGCGCUUUUGUGCCCGCCUUUUUCCUGCGCUGCGCUUCACUCUAUUUUCAGUGAAAGAGCGAAAAAAAGCUAAGGGAAAGACUUCGGGGGAACUUCUCCUUGUUUCUUUCCGGUAAAAUGCAUUGAAAUGGGAGUUGAGAAUGUAUUUCUAUAUAUCUGACCUAGAAGUCGUUUAACUGUGUGUGAACGCAUGUUAUUGGGCUGAUAUGGCCAAAGGGCAGGGCAGGACUCACCUCUACUCUUAACUGAAAAACACGUUUUAAGGUCGUCUCAAACAGCGUUGUACAUUAUAUGGAUACAACUAAGAAAAAAAAAACAAAAAACAAAAGCACUGUAAUUGAAUUUUGAUUAAUUCUAUUUAUUUAACCAGAAAAGGCUCAUUGAGCUCAAUAAUCUCAUAGAUAAGAGUGUGCUUACAACAGUUUCGGUAGGUGCUUUAGUUCUGUUUUUGUGUAUCUUGUUAGGUGCUUAAUAAAUGAAUAAAGAUUAUGAUGUUUUACAAAUUUGUUUCAAAGGCUUGCUAUUGCCAAAUACCCCAUGUUCUCUCGUCUAGACGAAGAGCUUCGACGUGCAAGGAAGAAGUUUGUGGAAAAAGUGUCCGAACCAGUUAUCAUCCAGCUCCUUGACGACCUUUUUGAUGAUGAAGUCCUAAAUGAUGGCGAGGUAAAUUCAAUACGUCAGAAAAACGCAUGCGCAGAUGACAAAGCUCGAGCUCUGAUUGACACGGUGAGGAGAAAAGGAAAAAGUGCCAGCAGGAAGAUGAUCGAUCACCUUCUGUGCAGAGAUGCAGAACUUCACUCUGAGCUGAGUUUGUCUGUUGGUCAACCUGCUCAGCCAGGUGAGUUAUCUUGGCCUUUUCUUGAUUUAAACUGUGUUAUGAUCGCAAAUACAGAUUGCUGUGUUUUGCUGUUGGUUUAGUUACAGAGCCCCCGCGGGAGCAGGAACCGCCGACCACCCUGGGCAUUGAAUUGGGGCCAAAGAAACAGGACAAAGACAGUGUAAGACGUUCAUUAAAGAUACAUAAAAAUAUCACAUAGUCCUGUGUCUCACUAGCUGGUAGUGAGAGUUCAAGUAAACUUUUGUUCAGCUGCCUUUCUGUGUAUUUGUUUUACAGAUUUAUCCUGUGACCAAAGAUUCCUUCAAGAGUCGUGUGGCUCUGCUGAUCACUAAUAUUAAGUUUCGUCAUCUGACAUACCGAAAGGGAGCUGAGAAAGACGAGGAGAACAUGGAGAAACUGCUGACUACUCUUGGAUAUGAAGUGGUGAAAUACACAAACCUCUGGGGGAAGGUACAGAAGAGAGAAUAUAGGAACAUACAUGCAUGUGUUGUUGAGGAAGAGAUGCAGUUACUCUCCUUUUGUGUCCUUAUAGGAGAUUGACAACGCUUUAACUGACUUCUCUAAACACCCAAAACUUAAAGACACAGACAGCGUGGUGGUGGUUGUCAUGUCUCAUGGCAAACGGGGAACCAUCUGUGGCAUUGACUGGAAAAAAGAUGAUAAGGAACCAGAUGAGUUUCCCAUCGACAACAUUUUCAAACACCUGGGUUCAGAGAGUUGCCCAGCACUGCUCGACAAACCAAAGGUCAUCAUCAUCCAGGCAUGCAGGGGAGGUGAUACUUCACUAUCCCAAACAUUAACAAAACAAAUCAUGUAUUAGUACAAUAAGGACUUGGUAGUUUGCCUUGUAAUAAAAAUAUGCCUCUUGUUUCAGGGAAGCCGGGAUCAGUGCUGGUUAGUGAUGGCGCACAUGCAGCUUAUGUUUGUGAUGAUGUCAAUGAAAUGAACAUGGAGGAUGAUGGCUCGCGAUUUGUGCACAAAGAAAAAGACUUCAUUCCUCUUCUGUCCUGCACCCCUGGUUAGUAAAUCAUCAACAUUCGGCAUGGAUAAGAAUACUUGUGAUAAAACCUGGAGGUGAUUUGUGACUCUGUUUGACUUCCUGCAGAUACUGUCUCGUAUAGGCAUCCAGAUAAUGGAUCUAUUCUGAUUCAGUAUUUGGUCGAGAUUUUCAAUACCUGUGCACGUAAGGAUGACAUCGAGGAGCUAUUCAGAAAAGUAAGUUUUGGAAGCAUGAUGUGAAAUAUACAUAUUUGACAGGACACAGGCGAAUCGCUAACAUUCAUUACAAUAAUACAAAGCACAGUAAGCAGUGAUGAAAAUUUUCUUGAUGUUUGAAUCCUAAAGUUUCUUUAUUUCCACAUCACAGGUCAUGAAACGCUUUGAGGACUUUCCUGCAGGAGCCACAAGACAGAUGCCAACCAAAGACAGAUGCACUCUAACAAGACGCUUCUUGUUUUUCAAUAACCUCUAAGAUGUCUUGAUGUUUGACUGCAGCAGGUUUAUAAUUCUUUCAGUAACAGAAUGACAGUACCAAUUCCCAAAAAGCUCUCGAUAUUUCCAGGAUUUUUCUUCAUUUCCUGAAACCAGAGCUGCGCAGUAGUGAUGCGCGCAUUCAGCAGCGCAGUCGCCAAGAGUCACUGUGAUGACGCUCGUCUCAAAGCUACGAGCUACACAAUCCCUGAACGCCAAUAGGCUGUAUCAGGUGUCAAUCAUAGCCAACAUGAACCCCCUAAUAACUUUUAAAAAUGGAGUUUGACAGAAAAAAGAGGACUUGAGCACAAACCAGUCUCACAGUAACUACAUGUCAACUUCACAAGCAGGGGGGAGAAAAAUGUAUAUUCUGUGUAAUAAAUUUCUAAAGUUUGUCCACAGCCCCAUAAGCUUUGCUGGAGGAGGCGGGAUUUCUGACCUAUACUGCAGCCCAUCAACAGAGGGUGCUGUUCUCGGAGUGGCUUCACCCAGAGAGGAGGCAGACUCUGUCCAUUCUAUAUACAGUCUAUAGUAACAGCUUUGUGUCAUUUACUGUUACUAUUGAACUACUAAAAUUAAGCUUGUUUCUGGAGUACACGUGCACGGAAAUGAAAAAAUAUGUCAUUUUCUUUGUUUUUCACAUUGUACCUCUCAUGUAUCAUGCAGCACUUUUGUCAGCUUCAGCUGUUUUUUAAUGUGCUUUUUAUAAAAUUGACAUUAAAAACUCUCAUAAAAGUAUUUA